CAUAGAGGUUAAACUAUCAGCAAAAAGUCGUGUGCAAACACUGACUUUGCUCUCUGCCCAGCUCUGGCUGCAUGCUCAAAUCAAAGUGUACUUAGCCUCUUUUCGUUUAUUGAGUUUUUAUUUCAUUUCGGACAGAAACUGGUGGGGGUGGGGAAAGAAAAGGGGAACUGGGAAGAGAAGGAGAGGAAGUUAAACGCUGCUUCUUUCCCAGGGUUCCUUAGAAAACCCAACAUGGCAUCUUCCAUGAGGAGCUUGUUCUCUGACCAGAGCAGAUACGUUGAGUCUUUUCGGAGGUUUCUCCAAAGCUCCACGGAACACCAGUGCAUGCAGGAAUUCUUGGACAAGAAGCUGCCAGGAAUAAUAGCGAGUAUUGGAGACACGAAGUCAGAAAUUAAGAUUCUGAGCAUAGGCGGAGGUGCUGGUGAAAUUGAUCUUCAAAUUCUCUCCAAAGUCCAGGCUCAACACCCUGGAAUUCGUAUCAACAAUGAAGUUGUGGAGCCCAAUGCUGACCAAAUUGCCAAGUACAAAGAUCUUGUAGCCAAGAAAUCAAACCUGGAGAACAUAAAGUUUGCUUGGCAUAAGGAGACAUCAUCUGAAUAUCAAAAUAGAGUGAUGGAGAAAAAAGAGCUCCAAAAGUGGGACUUCAUUCACAUGAUUCAGAUGCUGUAUUAUGUAAAAGACAUCCCAGCUACUUUGAAAUUCUUCCAUAGUAUCUUAGCUAUCAAGGCCAAGAUUCUCAUUAUUGUUGUGUCAGGCACCAGUGGCUGGGACAAACUGUGGAAAAAAUAUGGAUCUCGCCUACCUAGGGAUGACCUCUGCCUGUAUGUCACUUCAUCUGAUCUCACUCACAUGCUGGACAGCCUGGGGAUUAAAUAUGAAUGUCAUGAUCUCCCAUCCACCAUGGACAUAACUGAUUGUUUUAUUGAUGGUAAUGAAAAUGGAGACCUACUUUGGGAUUUUUUGACAGAAACCUGCAAUUUCAAUAUGACAGCUCCACCAAGUCUCAAAGCAGAAAUCAUGAAAGAUCUCCAAGAGCCUGAAUUUAGUGUUAAGAAAGAUGGGAAGGUUCUUUUUAAUAAUAAUCUGAGUUUCAUCGUGGUUGAAGCUUAAUUAUCAUUCACAAGAAUAUAUUAAAAAAUCAUGUUUUAAACUAAUGUUGGUCAUUCAUUUAUUUCCCAAUUAAAAUUACAAAUGUAUUUCAUAAAAUACAGAUAGAUAAUUGCUUCUUACAAAUAGAAUCUAGGAAAUUUGAAGACAUUCUUGGACUUUCAUGUAGAAUCAUGUGGAGUGACUUCUGCUCUAAUUUCUUCCUUGGGAGAUCAUAUGAAGGCGAACCAACAUAUAAGCUUGAAAUAUAUG